GUCUUUUUUAUUUUAUUUUAUUUUAUUUUUUUUACCUGGGUCCUUGUUUUUCAACUUCAUUAUCUAUAUUUGUUGUUUAAAUAACAGAUGAAUGAUACAUCUUCAAAUAUCAAUCCGUUGCCUAACAACAGCGAUAACUCUAGCCAACAGCAACCAACAAUCGAAACUCCUCCAUGCUUAUCCACCGAACUUCAGCAUACCAUUUCCAAAGUGACGGAUCAUCCUUACAUACAUUAUAGCACAAAUAUCAUUGGCGACAAUAUUUAUCCAUCUACUUCUUCAGUUAUACAUUCUCAUGGUAAAACUAAUAACAAUACCGACAAUAUGGAAAUACCUCGCAUAGAUACACAUUUUGUCUCAACAAUAUAUGAUUGGCAACAACACUCCAUGAACUUAUCACAACAUAUGUAUCAACGUGGACUUAUAGAAGGUAUUGGAAGUGAUGUUGUUGUACUUGUACCAGCUUGGCAAGGCAAAUACCAUUUACAUCGGCUGAUAUUGGACCAGAACCCAUAUUUUCAAACUCUGUUUCAGGGCGGAUUCCUUGAAAGCACCACGAAUGAAAUCACUCUCCAUUUUGACAAGCACACCUUUAUCACUGCCGAUUCUUUUCAAUUUGUACUCGAAAGACUUUAUGGAAAAAUAUGCUCUCCCGAUAUCAAUCAUACCAAUGUCCAGCCUCUCCUAGCCACAUGCUCUUUCUUCCAAUUGAACAGUAUGUGUGAACUUUGUGUGGAAUUCAUCUUGCAGACGUUAUCCGAUUAUAAUGCAAUUGAUUAUUUGUUAUUUGCCGACACCCAUCUUCUCUAUGGUUCUGAUCGUAUAUGUGAUGCUAUCUUCACCUUUUUAUGCCGGGAAGCCUAUUCUAUGGAUCGUCGACUACUUGGUGGUAUAUCUCCAGCAUGGUUGAGAAGGAUUAUGAACUCAGAUGCCUUUUUUGUACCAAGUGAAUAUCAACGGUAUCAAUUUAUGAAAUCUCUUAUUCAUCAACAAUACCAUCAUUGGUCUAAAGGGAAACAACAAUCUGAAUCACCUUAUGUAAUAAUUCAAUUGAAUCAAAAGGAGUCAGCUUCAUCGUCCUUGGAUCACUCGGAAGAAGAUUUGACAGAAGAAGAAUGUGACAACUCAACGGCGCAUGAUUUAUUUGAAGAUUUCUGUGGAACACCGUCUUCAUCAACAGAAACCAAAAUUAAUAACAAAGAUAAUGCGUCUGGAACGAAAAUAUCCUGGUCAACGGAUAUCGAUUUACCGCCAACGUUACAUCAUCAUCAUCAUCACCAUCAUCAACAUCAUCAACGACAACAACAACGUCAACGUCAACAACAUCAACAACACCAACAUCAACAAAAACAUCAACAAUACGAUUACAUUGGGGAUGACAUACAAUCAGUCUUGGUAGAAUACAAUGAAAUUAUAUCCAAUUGUAUAUAUUUUAUGCAUAUGACUUUUGAACAAUUGAAUUCUAUACGGAAGGAUAUCAAUCCAUUCACUGGUGAAGCCAUGGUACCUGAUACUAUUCUGAAAGACGCCCUAUGGAAUCAAGUACAAAUGCGUUCAAGGAUUGAAACAGCAAAGGAACACGAUAAAAUGCUCGACAUGACAACAACAAUACCACCUGAUACCAACCGAACACAGAAUCAACAUACCCAAUAUCCAAUUCCAACUGAUGAUAGUAUUUCAUACACAGGUGAAACUGCAAAGUCUUACAUUACAGCAAAUCGGCAACCUCGUAACAAAGUACACAUGAAAGAUCAACCGACUGAAUACCAAACUACGAAUCCCCAAGAACCUUCGAAGUCGAUAUCAACAGCUUCACCAACAGUAGAUACUACGCAGUAUUCACAAUACCCCCCAUUCAGGUUCAGUGUAGAAUUUAAAGAUGUAGCAAAUCUCAAAAGAAAUGUCCGGAUCUACUCAAAAACAGUAUUUUAUGCAGGAUCCAAUUGGAAUAUGUAUAUUCAAAAAACAAAAUCUCAACGAAAAGAAAUACCUCAGCUUGGGGUUUAUUUGCAUCGACAAUCAGUCUCCUCUGAAAUGAACCAUCAUCAACGACCACAUCAUCUUCAUCAUUAUCAACACCAUCAGCAACAAAACAACGACACUUCACUAUCAGAUCCUCCAAUGACAUCUUCCGCUCCUCACCAAGAAUCUCUAACCAAUAGAUAUCAAGAUAUUCUUUCUGAUCAAGCUUCAUUUUCUCGAUUCUCUGAUCAUCGACGUGUGACUAAAACUUGGUUCAAGAUCUUCUGUCCUUCAAGAGCACCAAAACAUGCAUUGACCUUGUUUCAAAGUAGUCCUGAUGAUUUUUCUGUAUUACAAAGCUGGGGGUGGCGAAGUACCAUUUUGUGUGCAGAUGAAAUCAACAACAACAAUAGGUCAACUAGUCAUCAUACCUCUCGUACAACAAAUCCCAAUGUAUCGACUAUGAACAGACCAACUCAACGUCAGGAUAGAACCUCUACUUCAUCAACAGAAGUACCAAGAAUUUCAGAUACUAUUUCACCAUCAUCAUCAUCCUCUUUAUCUUCCCCAUCGUCAUCGCCUCCACCAUUAUUCAGCUCUUCUAUGACCAAUCUACCUAACUCAAUAUCGUCUUAUAGCCCAUCUUCCUCACCAGAAUCGAUAUCUGACCGUCCAUCUGUAUGUUGCUCUGAAAUGAAAAUCAGUCCUACCAAACGAACGUUACGCUUUUCGGUAGUGAUGGGUCAUGUUUAAAAUCGUUAUACUAUAAAGUGGUUUUUAGUUAUUAGAAAUAAGAUGAUCUAGUAUUUGGAUAUAGUGUAGUUUAUCUUUUUAUUUUUUUUCUUGAAAUUAAUAAAAUAAAGAAAUUCAAUAGGAUAUUCCAUGAUUA